UCACCUGCUCUGAUUAACAACAGCAAAAUGUUCUCAAAAAUCGUCGCCCUCAGCGCUGUGUUGGCCGCCGCCAACGCUGGCCUCUUGCCCUACCACCACGCAUCUGCGGUGUCUUCGCAGAGCAUCGUGCGCCAUGACACACCCGUGCACUACGCCGCGGCUCCCAUCGUCCACGCCGUCCACGCUGUCCACGCUCCUGUAGUCCACGCUGCCCCCAUCGUACACGCCGCUCCCGUGGUACACGCUGCCCCUAUCGCUAUCGCCCACUCUCAUCCUAAAUACGACUUCGCGUACUCAGUGGCAGACCCUCACACCGGAGACCACAAGUCCCAGCACGAGAGCCGCGACGGUGGUGCCGUACAUGGAAGCUACUCCCUCGUGGAGCCCGACGGUUCCGUCCGCAAAGUAGAAUACACCGCUGAUGACCACCAUGGUUUCAACGCAGUGGUCCACAAAACCGCCGGCUACCACCCGGCCCCAGUGGUCCACGCCCCCGUGGUCCACGCCGCUCCCGUCGCACACCUCGCCAUCGCUCCCUUGGCGCAUGGACAUCAUGGCCUCCAUUACCUAUUAGCUAUUCUAACGUUUAUAUCGGCCAGUAACGCCCUUUUCCCUCACCACCAUCAUCACCAUCACCCAGCGAUUUCUCAUCAGGAGGUGUUUAAGCACGACGGGCCUCACCACCCGAUACCAAUUCAUCACCCAGUGCCCAUCCAUCACCCAGUGCCCAUUCAUCACCCUGUGCCCAUCCAUCACCCAGAGCCCAUUCAUCAUCACGUGCCGGUAUUCCAUCACGUGCCACAUGCACCUAUACACCACCACGUGCCGCACCACGACCAUUAUGCAUUCCCAGAGUACAAAUUCGCGUACUCGGUCCACGACCAUCACACCGGAGACGUGAAAUCGCAGCACGAGUUCCGACAUGGCGAUGUUGUACAAGGAGGCUACGAACUUGUAGAACCUGACGGCCGCUUCAGGAAAGUGGAGUACAAGGCCGACGAUCAUACUGGUUUCAACGCAGUCGUCCACCAUUCAUCGCCCCAUCAUCAUAUUCACCUGUCACAUCACAUUGCGAUGGCUUGGAAGGUUAUAACUUUUUUGGCGAUCUUUGCGCUAAGCGAAGCCCGACCUCCUACGUCGAAACAACGAGUCAAAAUAGAGAAUUGGCUUUCUCAUGUUAAAUACCACGAAGCCGAGCCUCAAGAAGUAUAUUAUGAUUCGGCGUAUCCCUCCUAUGAGUUCUCAUACGAAGUUUCGGACCCACAUACGCAUGACUUCAAGGGCCAAUACGAACAACGAAAGGGUGAUGACGUAAAGGGACAUUACUGGCUUAUCCAACCAGACGGCCUAAAGCGUACCGUCAAGUAUCACGCUGAUAAACACAGCGGAUUUAAAGCAAAUGUUGAGUACAUUAAGCACUGGGAAGAAGAAAAGAAAAAACAAGAAGGUGAAGGAGAAGUCAACCAGGAAGAGAAUUCAAGUGAAACUGAAAACUCUGAGGAAAACGAAAACGGUCAAGAAAAUGAAAGCAAUGGUAGUAAUGAAAAUGAAUCUGAAGGAGAAGGGGAAACAGAAAAUAAUGAUUCCGGUGUAGAAGAGGGAGAGGAAAACGAAGAAGGAGAAGAGGAAUCUGAAAAUCAGGAAGGUGAACAAAGCGAGCUUAGAGAAGCACACUGGAAGCGUGGGCGAAAUAAUUUAGACAGAAAAAAUUAUGGAAGACGUGACAACAGACAUGGUCAUGAAUUGAAAGCUACUACUGGAAUCUGGCAACCCAAUCGUUGGAGUAAACAUCAUCGCAAUGAAGAAUUACGUUACAUUAGAUCAAAUGAACGUUACGAAAAUAUCGGCGAAAGAGAAAAACGCGGACACGCGCGACGGGGUAAUAAAAGCCGUAAUGAAAAGAAAGAAUCCAACAAAAAUGAAAAGAAAAAGGCGAUGAUUUGGAAGAUUGUAAUAGUAUGCAGUGUUGCACUCUGUGUGCAAGGUGAAGAGGAUGCCAUAUCAGAACAGAGAGUGGUCAUACAUCACCUAAAAUCUUUCCGAAGUGGCACCCAUUCGCACAUCGAAGCGGAUAAAUCUGGAAAUCAAGAUGAAUAUGCUGAAGCGUAUCCUUCGUAUGAGUUCUCGUAUAAAGUGAAUGAUCCCAAGACGCAUGACAUUAAAGGUCAACAUGAAACAAGGGAGGGUGACGAAGUAAUGGGAAAUUACUGGCUUAUCGAACCUAGUGGACGAAAACGAACUGUAAAUUACCAAGCAAAUGACGAUAAUGGAUUUAACGCCCAAAUCGCCUACACUGCAUCUCUCAACGGGAAAGAAACAGAUGAAGAUGAAAGUGUUAGCCAGAGUAAAAGUAAAGAAAAAGAUAAUAUCGAAGAAAACAAUGAAGAAGGUGUUGAAGUUAGUGUAGGUGAGGAGAUGCAAGACGAUCAGAAAAGUAACGAUGAAAAUGGAAAAAACAGAGAACCAGCUCCUGUAGUAGAAAAUAAUGCGAGUGAACAAAAUGAAUUAGACAGUAAAAAAGAUGAAACAAAUAAUAUUAACAAUGUCGAUCGCUAUGACGAUGGAAAUCUUGCUCAAAGUAUUCAAAUAGUUGAGAAUGUGAGUAAUCGAGAAAGUAAUGAGCAUAACAUAAGCAAAUCUCGUAGAGGACAUAAUGACAGUGAAAAAGGUGUACAUGAGAAUUCAAAGAGAAAUAAGAAUCAUGUGCGGAUUCGCCAUGGUGAUGAAAGUAAUAAGAACAAUCGUGAAAUGCCCAAAAAUAACAAGCGCGUUAAACAAGAUGGCUUAAAACAAAAUAACAAUCACAAUAAAAAUAGAAAUGGUCACAAAGAAAAAAAAGCAAACCGUCAAAGACAUUUGCAUAGCCAAGAAAAUAUGAACAAUGAUGAUUCCAAUGCGUCCGUAAAUAAAGGCCAAAUUGAAGCAAACCAAGAACAAAAUGAAAGGAAACAAUAUAGUAUAUUUAAAAAAGGAGAAAACAACAACAACAAUGAAGAAAGUAACAAUCGAAAUAAUAAAAAUUAUGCUUAUACUGAUUUUACUCCUAGUGAGGAAAUCCAUCGUAAGAUUGAUAUUCCUAACAAAGAAGAGACAUUCGAGCACAGAAUCCGUAUCUAUCAUCCCAAGAUUAUCUCAUCGAUGUCAAAAGAAGAACGUCGUAAACAUAUUCUAGUACUCGCUACCUUCUUGGUGAUCGGCAGCGCAGUGGAAGAUGCUAAAACUCCCGUCGAAAACAAAAAAGCACCGGUUGCAGAAGCAAAGGUAAAAGAUGCAAAUGGCGAACCAUCGUUUAUGCAGUCAACUCUAGAGGAUGCAUACUUUGGCUUGGAUAACAACCGAGUAUGGGACACACGAAAGGCCCGAGAUCAAAGCAUUGAUUUAACUGAAGAAGAAAAUAGGGUCGUGCAAGACGUUUACAGCCCUGAUUACUACGAGCCAAAUAUAAUACUGGACUACAGGUAUAUGAAAUCUGGAGGUAGGGGUUACGCGCGAAGCGACGGUGGGCAGAUCCUUAUCCUUCCAAGAAGGAACCAUAUGCCAGUUCUACACAACAACUAUGACACUCUUAUAGAAUACCUACGUUUAAAACAUCUGGAAGAAAUGGAAAGAAAAUGGGGAAGGAUUCUAAGACGUGAGCACGAAGACAGGGAUCACCACCGACGAGGCCCGUACACGUAUGAUGGUUUUGGGGAAAGACAUUAAGCGUGACGUUUUAUAUUAUACGUAGGUGCAUAUAAGCAACUCAAAAAUACAAGCUUGUAAUGUAGCGCCUGGU